GCAGAUAACAUGGAAAAGGAACAGGUACCUCUUCCAGGAAUGGCAGCACCGCCAUACCCCGGUCCCCCCGUGGGCUUUAACCCGGCCAACCAACCUCAGCCUGGCGUCCAAAUUGUUGAACAGCAUGCUUUCCAUUACUUCGCACAACAACCUCAGGCUCAGGUCAUUCAGCCUGUAACCCAGACGGUGGUGGUGCAACAGCUGCCGACUGAUGUUUCAGGACAGAUGAUGUGUCCUCGCUGUCAAAUCCAUGUUGUCACUCAAGUCAGGUACAGAAAUGGUAUGCUCACCUGGUUGAUCUGUGGCACACUAGGAAUCUUACUGUUAUGGCCUUGCUGUUUGAUCCCAUUCAUUGUGGAUUCUUGCAAGGAUGUGGAACAUUCCUGCCCUGUCUGUAACAACGUCCUGCAUAUCUAUAAACGCAUGUGAAACAGCACUGCAGUGUAAACUCUGCUGAAGUAACAACAAAAGGUAGAGAAGUCCAGUAUGACUAAAUAAACAUCAGGAGCCAAUCAGAUGUCAUCAUGAACCCUGUGCUCACUUGUGGAACAUGCAUUACUCUGUACUGUACGUAUAUGUGAAGAUUACACAACAGCUCUGAUUUCUUUUCUUUUAUCUGUUGAUCUAAAAUGUGCAAUCAUGUUGUAAAUUGUAAAAUUGUGCAAAUUGUAUUUUUUCUAGACUUGAGUGACAUUGUCUUAAUUUAAUAUUGGCUUUCUCAGUGUUGAAUUUACGAUUUAACAUUUUCAUGACACACUGACAAAGUAAUAAUAGCAAUUAUAUAACUUCCAUAUGAUAAUCGUAAUCGUUAAGUGGGGAUGUUUAUUGAUUAAACUGAAAAAAGCCUUUUAUCACAGCAAUAACCAAACAAAUGCUUGUACUGUGAAAUGAUUAAAAUGAAUAAAUCCUUAAUG